AUGACCAAGGACAAGGACGAGCCGACGGUCGUGGCCGUGACGUCGGGCUGGAGUCGGCGGAGCGUCGGCGUCUUUCUCGAGUCACCCGAAGCGCAGCUCGUCAUGAUUGCGCUCAUCACGCUUGACGUCGGGUCGGCGCUCCUCAGCGCGUACCUCGAUCUCGGCGCGUCGCUCGGGGCGUCGGCCGUCGUCGCCAACCGUGUCCUUCAGUCGCUCUCGGGGUUUACCCAAGUCGCGUUCCUGCUUGAAAUCGCAGCGCUUGUAGCGGUAUUUGAACUCGCAUUCUUCUCGCACAUUGGCUACUGCCUUGACAUGGGCGUGGUCGCGUUCGCGUUUUCGUACGAGCUCCAGUACGCGUCCGCAGUCAUGCGGGUGCUGGGGUGUCUGCGGUACUGGCGGGUGUGUCGCUUUGUAUGGACACUGCUGGCGCACGAAGCCGCCAAGACCGAGGCCGUCGCGACGCAGCUCGACGCCGAAAAACAGAAAACACAGCAGCUCGAGAUGGUGAGCCGACAGCUCCACGAGUCUCUUUCCAAAGAACACAGUGCCACCGCACAGCUCAACCGGACGCUGCAAGAGUACAAGGACGAGAUCGAUACGCUCAAGGAAGCGUUGACGAUUGCGGCUACGGCCAUGGCUCGUCAAGCUCAAAAUGACCUUGACGAAGCAGAGAGCGAGGACGACGACGACGACGAAGAAGAUACCGCCAGUGCCCUUCGCAGUCCUCGCCUCGCCACUGACGACUUGAGCGAGUUUCAAGACGCCUCGCCGUGAGAGGCCCUCGCUCGUGAUGGCGCGUGUCGA